AUGGAUAACGUCAACCCCGUGCUCUACAAAAAGACAAACGGCCCUUCGACUAUCGAGUCGCAGGAACGGUUCAUUUUAAGCAAAAAAGCAACGUCGUAUUUCUACAUCGACCACCAUAUGGCGCUGGACUCGGACGAAGAGGCGAAAGCCGAAGACAAGGCCGCCAACAGCCUGUUCCAGCCUACGACCGGAUUCGAGCCCUUCGAAGUCCAGGAAAUAUUCGACAUCAUCCGCGAUAUCAAGGACCCUGAGUACUCGUACACACUGGAGAAUCUAAAGGUGCUGGAGGAGCAUAACAUACACAUCGACAACGACAAUAGCAUCGUCACCGUUCACUUCACCCCUACGGUACCACAUUGCUCCCAGGCUACUGUCAUAGGACUCAUGAUCUACGUGAAGCUGCGACAGAGCCUCCCUCCUCGCUUCAAAAUUGACGUGCAAAUCGCAGAAGGAUCGCAUAACAACGAGAAGGCGAUAAACAAACAGCUCCUAGACAAGGAGCGCGUCGCGGCAGCCCUGGAGAAUCCCGUGCUGCUGGAGUUGAUAAACGAUGGGAUUUACUACAACAGCUUAUCGCAAAACGGCCUCAUUAACAUCUGA